AGUGGGCAGGCUCAGUGACUCAGUAUCUAAACGCAAACUCACUAGUGCUAACGUUUAUAUAUGCGAUCGAUUCUCGUAGUGAAUAUAUCAGUGAAAAAGGAGAUUCAUCUAUGAAUUAAAUUUUGUUUUGUGAGUGGGAUGAAUGAAACGCUGACAUCUAAAAAUCCAAGUGAUGAAAAUGAGUAGAAUGAAACAAAGUGUUUGCAGAGGGAAGAUCGUCAUAUCUCUCUUGACAUCUAUAUAAGAAUAAUUUCACUUAAUAAGGGAUUGGAGCGGAGAACUGGACAACGCUGAGGAAAAAAGUUUGAGAAUAAGGACGAGGUUAUUUAAUCAAGCGAAAAAUGAAGACCAUCGGAGCGAAGGUGGUAGUUCUGGGAUCCCAAGGUGUGGGCAAGACCUCCCUAGUGACCCGCUACGAGACCAAGACGUUUAGCAGGAACACGUCGUCAACGAUUGGCGCGUCGUUCAGCAACAUCGAGAUUAUUAUCAACGACACUAAGGUCAAGAUGCAGGUCUGGGACACAGCAGGUCAGGAGAGAUUUCGGUCGAUGGCGCCUAUGUAUUAUCGCGGUGCACACGCGGCCCUUCUCGUCUUUGAUAUUACAAAACUCCAAACCUAUAACGACAUACAGUCUUGGGUGCAUGAGUUGAGUUCUCGCGUAGGGGAGGGACUUAUGCUUGUACUGGUCGGCAACAAGUGUGACCUUGAUCAGUGCAGAGUAGUGGCCAGGGAUGUCGCCCAACAGUAUGCUGCUUCUAUAGGUGCUAUUUUCCUAGAAACUUCCGCUAUGGACGAAACAGGGAUUGAAGAAAUGUUCGAAAUCGUCGCGACAGAGAUGCUUCGGAAAGCUGACGAAGUAGACCCUACGGUCCAUUUAUAUUCCUCUGAGGCCAAGAGCACAAUCAAGUUGAACAGUUCAGCGACUUCUCUGAAUGACUCCUCACUACCACGGGCGAAAAACAGCUGUUGUUAACUGUCAGCGGCAGAAUAAAGCAACGUAGAUGAUACAACAAACUAGUCAACAUUAUCACGGGCUGUGGUGUAUUGCCAUGAUAACAGUAACAGGAUAAAACUGAUUGGAAAGAAGAUAGGAGAGAAUCAGGUGUUUUGUUUGUGUGUUAUGUUUCGAUGGCACUUCCUUUCGUUUUUAAAUAAAUGAAAUGGUCAGUACAGUGCUGCAAAAAUGCCUUGUUAUUCUGAAACUUUAAAAAUGUUAUUUUGUUUAUGUCUUGAAUUUACUCAUGAAACGAAUCCGUUAGAGGAAAUGAAGGUUUAAUUUUAAUGGAGAUGUAAUUUUUUGGUUCAUUUCAUUUUCGAAAGUAAAGGGUAGCUGUCUGUGGUUCUGUACAUUAUUCCCGAUAUACAAUAAGUUUAGUUUUAAGAAUUUGUUCUAUCCGUAUGGGUAAUGAAAACGUGCCUUGGUGUAAAGAGAUAAUGUUAAGUCUGUUAUGUUGACAAACAAACAAAGUGACAUGUAUCAGCUAGAUGUGAUAUGUACCGAAAAUAAGAAAUGUAUUGUUUGUGUUUGUAUGAGAAGUAAUGGUUUUCAUAUAUCUGUUUUUUUAUAAUUAUAUAUUUUCAGGAAAAAAAUGUCUGAUAAAAAAUAAAGACACAACUCAUAAAAA